AUGUCUGAUCAUAAAGUUGUAAGGCUUAUAGAGUGGUUGUUACAAUCGGAAACAGUCUAUAUUUCUGAUAAAAUCGAUAUUACACAUGAAGAAUCAUCUGGAAGAGGAGUAAUUUUAAAGUCCGGUGAGUUGAAGAAGAAUGAAGUUAUAAUUUCGAUUCCAAGUAAUUUGCAAUUGAAUUUCCACACUAUUCUACACCAUCUUUCUAAGUUUAACUCAAAUAUCAAAGUUGCUGGUGUCACUCCCAAUGCUGAUGAAAAAGAACGUAAUAUUUCCCUUGAUGACCCUAGAAUACAGGCGUAUGGCAUAUUGGAGACUUCAGAACUAUUAAAGCUAAGCUCAUUUCAACUGGUGAACUUAUAUCUGUUGGCAGAAUGGUUUUUGCUACCAUAUUUGUCUUCUAAUCAUAAAUCAUAUUGGGAACCGUUUUUUGAUAUAUUACCCAGCUCUGAUGAUUUAAGAUGCAUACCGGCAUAUUAUAACUGCCUGCCUGACUCUCCAAAUAAGAUUUUAUUACCUUAUCUGCCGAGGUCUUCUUUGCUGCACAUGGAAAAGAUAUCUGAUCUUGUUCGGAGCGACUGGAGUGUGAUUAGCAGAUAUUUAAGGAGAUGGAACGAGCAGUUUAAUGAUCAUGAUAUACCAUCAAUCGAGGUACAAUUUGAAAAGUUUUUACAUAUAUACUUCGUCAUCAACUCGCGGUGCUUGUAUACAGAAAUACCGCUGAAAGGAAAUGCUGUGGACAAUUUCACUAUGGUGCCAUACGUUGACUUUCUAAACCAUACCACGAUAGUUGAUGAGCAUUGCUAUCCUCAGGUUGUAACUACAAAAAGAAAUAUAUCUGUUGUUGACCAAUUUAAUAUCCGUACUGGUAAACAUGAAUAUAGGGACGAGGGCGACGAAAUCUUAUUAAACUACGGCGCUCACUCAAAUGACUUCCUUCUAAAUGAGUAUGGUUUUACUGUUCCAUGCAACGGAUGGAACUAUAUAGACGUAACUGACUUGGUUCAAAAAAUGAUCACUAAAGAGGAACAUGUAUCCUUCUUGAAAGACAAAGGAUACUGGGGUGAGUAUUCAAUAGCAUCUGAAGAGAUUAGCUUCCGGCUACUGGUUGUACUGGCACUUAUUUCCACGAAUGACGUUGCAAGGGUAACAAAAUAUAUGAUGGGUUAUAUUACAGACGAGUAUUUCGCUCCAAAGUACAGUCAUUUGCUAAGGCAAAUGCUAGAAAACAUGAAGAAAUCUUACGAGCAUAUUAUAUUGGAAAUAUCAAAUCUCCACGAAGCGGACGGACUUUGUGCUCAGAAUAUUGUCCAAUUAUACCAGGGCUACCUGUCAAUAAUAGAUACGCAUCUCUGUAGAUUAUAG